CCACAGUGAUCAGUCUCUGUUGUGAACGCGAACGUGUACGAAUUGUUUCGAGAAACGCGCGGCAAACCGGUAUACGUGUGAGAUCUCCAUUUUUUUGUCGCCAUACAUACAAACAUUCCUCAGUGAAAAUUAGAAAAAAAUUCUUUGUAGAAAACUUUGUUGUUCUAUUGAAAACCAGUUUUUGUAAAUAAAAGUGCGAAGAUGGCCAAAUACGUUACGGACAAAGCGCUAUUCAAUGUCAGCCUGCGUAAUGCCUGCCUGGGCAUAUCGAUAUUCUUUCUGGUCAUGCUGGUGCUGGGCGUCAUAGCGCGACCGAGUUAUUUGCACAGCAGUUCCUCACUUGUAGGAUUCAUUAUUGAGCUGCUUGCUAAUUUGGCGCUGCUGUUCGGUGUUUUGUGGAGCAACGCUUGGCUGGUCUUGGCUUGGCUUGUUGUCGCCGUGCUGUUCUUCAUACAUUGGCCCAUCGCAGUUUUGGGUGUGAUUUUCAAUUAUGGCGAUUAUCGCGCAGCUGCUUUCUUCGACAAUGUAUUUCUCAUACUAUUCGAAUAUAUACUGGCUUUGGUGAUUUUCGGCUACUGCUCAUAUCUCGUCUACUCCUAUUUCCAUCAAUUGCGGAAUAGUCAGUCAGCGACACCACAUGGCGUUGUUGUGUAAAUACACUUAUGUACUUAGCCAUAUACUGUAGUACAUACAUACAUUAUGCAUUAUGAGUACAAAAUCGAAAACACCAAAAUAAGAUUUUUUUGUUUGUAUAAUUCUACGGCGGCAAUGUAUGCCCACCCUAAUGCAGUAAGCUUUGUUUUAUGUAUGCAUUUUUAAAUUAUUAAUAUCUGAUUACAUAUAAUUAAUCUAUUAAUAUAUAUAAAUUAUAAAAUAAAAAAAAAAUAAAAAAAAAUA